AUGGCUGCUGUGGAAGGUAUCCUAGAUGGCGUGUCCUUAGCUCGCCUGGAUGUUGACAAAGACUUCAUUUUGAUGUUUAUGAACGUGGAUGAAAACUUGAGCUGGUAUCUGGAUGAGAAUAUUGAGAUGUUUUGCAGUGACCAUGAAGAUGUGGACAAAGAAAGUGAAGAUUUUACAGCUGGCAACAAAAAGCACUCUAUCAAUGGAUAUAUGCAUGGGAGUCUACCAGGUCUGGAGAUGUGUGUUGGAAGUGCUGUGUCCUGGCAUCUGUUUGGGAUGGGCAGUGAGGCAGAUGUUCACACAGCCUUCUUCCAUGGACAGACCUUGACGGUGAGACAUCAGCGCACAGAUGUUGUCAGCCUCUUUCCUGCAACCUUUGUGACAGCCAAUAUGUACCCCAGCAAUGCUGGAAAGUGGCUGCUGAGCUGCCAGGUUAAUGAACAUCUAGCAGCGGGCAUGAAGGCCAUGAUGGAGGUGAAAGAAUGCUUUAGAACAUUUUCAACCAAUCCUCUUACAGAAAAGAUCCGCCACUAUUAUAUUGCUGCCAAGGAGGUCAUGUGGAAUUAUGGGCCCUUGGGCAUUGAUGGAGAGACGAAAGAGAGUUUACUGAAAGAAAACAGCUAUUCAGAGAUUUUUUUCAAACAUGACAGCAGCAAGGUUGGUGGCACAUAUGUAAAGGCAAGAUAUGCAGAAUUUACAGAUGGGACAUUCAAGACUGAGAAAAAUCGGACAGCAUCUGAAAAGCACUUGGGGAUUCUGGGUCCUGUGAUACAGGUGGAGACGGGGGACAAGGUUCUGGUCACAUUCCUUAACAUGGCAUCUAGACCAUAUAGCAUCCAGCCACAUGGAGUAAUGUAUGAGAAGAAAUCAGAGGGCACAUCAUAUGAAGAUGGUGUUUACAAAAAUGGAGCUUCUGUUGCACCUGGACAGUCUUUCACCUAUGAAUGGACAGUCCCUGAUGAAGUUGGGCCUACAGACAAUGAUCCACAAUGCCUGACCCGACUGUAUUACUCGGCAGUAGACCCUGUGAGGGACACCAACUCUGGCCUUGUUGGUCCACUAGUGGUGUGCAGGGCUGGUACUCUGAAUGCAACCACAUCACAGCAGGAGAUGGAUAAGCGGUUCUUUCUUCUGUUUGCCAAGUUUGACGAGAACCUCAGCUGGUACCUGACUCAGAGCUUGGUGAACGCAUCCCUGAAUCUGGAGGAGACAGAUACAGAAGACAGCAGUUUCAGAGAAUCCAACCUUAUGCAUGCAAUCAAUGGUUUCAUGUAUGCAAACCUUCCUGGACUGGAAUUGUGUUUGAAGAACAAUGUCUACUGGCACCUCAUGGGUAUGGGUAGUGAAGUGGAUAUUCAUGGAGUGGUCUUCCAAGGAAACUCAGUGGAGAUCAAUGGGAGACAUAAGGACUCUGUGGCGCUUAUGCCUCACACCUUUGCUACUGCCUUCAUGCAGCCUGACAAUGUGGGCACAUUUGGAAUUGUCUGUCAAACUAGCGGUCAUUUCCUGGCUGGAAUGAAGCUUGAGUACCAGGUUGCACAAUGUGGACAUGAGGAUAAGCCUUCCAAAGAGUUCUCUAAUGUCCGGACUGUGUACAUAGCUGCCGAGGAGCUUGAGUGGGAUUACUCUCCUGACCGGAGUUGGGAGUUGAAAAAAUUCAACAAAUCAAUGCAGGACAGUUAUGGUCAUGUCUUUGUUGGCCAAGAGGAGGGUCUCAUAGGGUCGAAAUAUCAGAAGGUGGUGUACAGGGAGUACAUAGAUGGCACCUUCACACAGCGGAAAGCAAGAGGGCAGAGCGAAGAGCAUUUGGGAAUCCUUGGUCCUCUCAUUCGGGCUGAGGUAGGAGACGUCAUUCUCAUCAUCUUUAAAAACAAGGCUUCACGUCACUAUUCUAUACAUGCCCAUGGUGUUCAAGAACCAAAUAAGGGGAACGUCUUGGCUACACGACCAGGAGAGAUGGUUACUUAUCGUUGGAAUGUCCUUGAACGCUCCGGUCCUGGCCCAGGAGAUUCAGCUUGCCUCACGUGGGUGUACUACUCCAUGGUCGACCCAGUUAAGGAUCUUCAUAGUGGUUUGGUAGGACCACUGGUGAUCUGCAGGAAGGGAACACUCAUGGGUGGAGGUAUCAGGCGAGACAUUCACAGAGACUUCAGCCUUCUUUUUUUAAUUUUCGACGAGAAUCAGUCCUGGUAUCUCAACAAGAACAUGGAAUUGUACAUGGGAAAACAAGUGGACCAGAUUCACAUUGAAGAUGAAAGAUUCCAGGAAAGCAAUAAAAUGCACGCCAUCAAUGGGAAAGUUUAUGCAAAUCUACAUGGACUGCAAAUGUACAAAGGUGAGAGAGUGGACUGGUAUCUCAUCGGCCUGGGACAAGACAUCGAUAUGCACACAGUCCACUUCCAUGCAGAGACCUUCACCUAUAAUGACGGUAAACGCUACCGAGGUGACGUGUUUGAUUUGUUUCCAGCCACUUUUCAGACGGUAGAAAUGGUUACGAGCAACCCUGGCACUUGGCUUCUGCACUGCCAUGUCGCUGACCAUGUCCACGCUGGCAUGGAGACGGUGUAUACAGUGCUGCCCGAGAAAGGAAUGAAAAUAACUACAAACAGUGCUGGAAAAGACACACAGGGCACUUCAGGGACGGUGGCCCUUUUAGGAAUUCCGCUCUCACCAGGAGCUGCAGAAUUGACUCUCGCACUCCUUUUUGUUGGAUGCAUUGUCUUGCUCAUUAUCAUUAUGUUCCUGGUCACUUUGCACUGUAUUCUUUCCCAGCAGAAGAAGCCAGACAGAGACUACCUUCAGCCAUUGUCCUUGAGGACCUUCUAGAACAGCCAUGCCCUCUAUCAGUAUGGGUCUGAGAAGAAAAGAAGCCCCUGCUAUGGCUGUGAGACUGGAAGUACUUACUGACAUACUCAGGCUAGCAUCGGUUCUUUGUCCGUUAGGCUGAACCUAUUCAUCUCAAAGUGUCUGGUCAGUAUCACAGAUGCAGCUCUGGAAUAAUGGUUCAUUUGUCAGUUGGAUUAUCUCGCAGGAGCAGGACUAACCACCAGCCUUACUUUGCUGUAUUUUUUACUUCAGUUGGUUCUCACAGACUGACUGAUGUGGUUUAUGCUGGACUAUUAUGGAGAUUCCCACACGUCAUGUUUUGGAGUCUUUCUCUUCCAUUACUUUCUAAACAUUUCCAUAGUUCCUUUAAAUCAAUGGCAUGUUUUGUUCAAUAGGGUUGUGUCAGUGUAUGAGAUGGAACUACCCCUGCAGGCACUAUCACCUGGAUUGCACUUCUAUUCAUUUGAGGAAACCUAAAUAAAUUCCCAUCUGGUCUUCAGUGCCCUUACAUAAUUAAGAGAUGGCCACGUUAACCACAUUUCUUCGAUGUCCUAAUUCAUUGAAUGCAAUAUGUCUCCAUGUACUCAUGCCCACCCUACUUUAAUUUUUUGUUUAUUACAAUUUUUUGAGCUUAGAUUAUACAAAAGUAUGGACGACCUGUAUUCCCUUGUAACUACAACCUUUACAAAAAAAUAAUAAUAAUAAUAACAAUGAUAAUAAUAAGGUAAUCCACAGACCAGGGCCCUACACUUUUAGCUUCUUUAUUGGUUUCAGCUAUCAUAUUGUGCUACUGCUCAUCCUGGAAUCACCCAGAGCCUUGUCAUUAUUGAUUUAUUUCUAUUGAUGAGUUUCUAUUUGAUCAAUCCUCUUUACAGAAAUUAAUUGCACUCAUAAGAUGCUUUUAUAAAAUAUGUAUAUCACUCGGUGAGCACAAAUUUGGCCUCACUUUCCCAUAUAAAAUCAAUUACAAGCAGAUAAGGUUUUUAAUUAGAUAGUUAACCAGUUUUUAUUGUGACUCUUGCUUAGCAUCCACAGUAUUGCCUCUCUAAUUAUUAUCACAGUAACAAAAAGACUUUUAACAGGUUGCUGGGUGCCUUAUAUACUGUAGAUAAUGGCCACUUUUAUAUACUGUAAUUAUUUCUACACCAAGAACCUUAAAAUUUAACCAGUAGGUCUCAUCUUGAACACUUUGAAUGUUUGGCUGUUUCUUGCCUUGUGCCCCACUGCAAUCAUGAAUUGAAUUAAGCAGAUUUGAGAAAGGUAUGUUAUGUAACGUAAAGUGUCCCUGAUGAUUUUGUGGUUGUUAGUUUGCCACGGGCCUUCAUGUGAAUUUUGGACUUUACUUAACUGCUGGAUGGCCAAGACAUUUGACAGGAUGCUUGAAUAAAAUGACCUGUGACUAGAAAUA